AUGUCUGAAGACCAUGGCCGCGAAGAACGCCCACGGUCCAUCAUCACAACCUUCCACCUCGCGCACCAGCGCCAUGCGCCGAGCGCAGCGGCGGUGACACGACGUUCCACCAUGUGCAACCUUACCAACCUCAUCGUCAGCAACACCAACGGCACCGCCAUGGUCAAUGCUAGCACCAACGCCCACACUGACACCAACGGCAAGCCCGUUGCUGCCAAGGCCGUUGAGGCUCCCAAGCCCGUCAAUGCUGAUAACCCCUGGACCUGCGUCUGCGGGUACCGCAACGAGUACGGCGGCAUGAUCUGCGGAGCCUGUGGUCGCCGUGGCUAA